AUGGUGUUCAGUGACGAUGAGUCCGAAAAACGUUUUAUGGCGAAACGUCGACGGCAAAAAGGAACGUCUUUAUCGUCGAAUGCUGAUGAUAGUGCAAAAGAGCAGUCGCAGUGUUCUGGUGAGAAACGUUUGAGAUGUGAACGUCGUGGUAAAUGGCGAAAAGGUGAUGGUCAGCAAGGCCCGAUGAAUCAGAACUCGAAUCGCGGGAGAGGACGUUUCAACAGAGGCAAUUUUGCAUCGAAUAAUGCUGGCGCACCAUCAGGAAGGGGACGAGGCAUGAUGAGAGGGUUUGUUUCACUUCGA